ACUGUCUCAAGUUCCAGGGAGGCUCAUAAUUUCUCUUCUUCCUCUUCUAUAAUCUGAAAAGUGAUGGCUUCUGAAGUGGUGAACCAGAGUUCUGCUACCACAUUCAUCUUGGUUGGUUUCUCAGAAUAUCCACAGCUCCAAAUACCCCUCUUCCUCCUGUUCUUGACCAUCUACUCAGUGACAUUGAUGGGGAACCUGGGCAUACUUGUGGUUAUAAAGAUCAAUCCCAAACUUCACACACCCAUGUACUUUUUCCUCAGCCAACUUUCAUUUUUAGAUAUAUGUUAUUCUAGUGUAUUUACACCCAAACUUCUGCAAAUCUUGAUCAUGGAAGAUAGGACCAUUUCUUUCAAAGGAUGCAUGAUACAAUUUUUCUUUAUUUGCACAUUUGUGAUUACAGAAAUGUUCAUGUUAGCAGUGAUGGCCUAUGACAGAUUUGUGGCUGUUUGUAAUCCCCUACUCUACACAGUUGUAAUGCCUCUCCAAUUCUGUGCUCUGCUAGUAGCUGGGACAUACAUGAUUGGAGGAUUAUGUGCUGUGAUACUCAUAUAUACUCUUUUGCAACUAUCAUAUUGUGAAUAUGGCAUCAUCAAUCACUUUGGCUGUGAAUACUCUGCUGUCAUCUCUGUGUCUUGCUCUGACUCCUCCUUUAGCCAGCUGACAUGCUUAGUCAUUUCUAUACUUAGUGAAUCUUCCAGUGUCCUGAUCACCUUAGCCUCAUAUGUGUUCAUAGUUGUCACUAUUAUAAAGAUGCCUUCCAAAGGAGGACUACGAAAAGCCUUCUCUACCUGUACGUCCCACCUGACUGCUAUAACAAUCUUCCAUGGGAUUAUUCUCCUUCUAUAUUGUGUUCCCAACUCAAACAGCUCACGGCUCUUUGUCAAAGUAGCCACUGCUCUUUACACAGUCAUGAUCCCUAUGCUGAACCCCCUUAUCUAUAGCCUUAGAAAUAAGGAUGUGAAGGACACAGUCAGGAGACUUUUCAGCUCAAAACUGCACUCUCACUUGACAUAAUUAUGAAUAGUGUAAUGUUUGUGUGUGUGUGUGUGUGUGUGUGUGUAUGUCAUGGUGAGACACAGGAAGAGGCACA